AUGGCUCCACGAUAUCGCCGGGUUGCAGUUAUUGGCGCUGGGCCCUCGGGCCUGGCUGCCGUCCAUGCAUUGGCUGGCGAGAAGACAUUUGAUGCCAUUCGCGUCUUUGACCGGAGAGAUCAUGUAGGAGGACUAUGGCAUUACGAUCCUGAGCCCGAUACUUUCCCAGCGACGACCGGCGUGCCUCCACCUCGCACUCUGAAGCCGCCUGCAACAUUCCCAGACUUUGCACCCGCCGCCGGCCCAGAUCCUCGAGCCAGGUCCGCGCUGUACUACAACCUGGACAGCAAUGUCGGCGCCACGACCAUGGCGUUCACGCACACCCCGUUCCCCGAGGUCAACUCGCCACUGUCCAUCCAGAGAUUUGGCCGUGGCAACCCUACUCGGCCAUACACAGCCAUCGCCGAAUGGAUCGAAGACCUAUUCAAGCCCUUUCUUCCUUUUGUCUCGCUGAACACCACCGUGGAGAAGGUUGCAAAACAGGGCAAGGAAUGGAUCCUGACGCUCAGAAAGACGGGACAAGUGUAUCGCGGUAAAGAGCACGAUUACUGGUGGACCGAGACUUUCGAUGCUGUGGUCAUUGCCUCCGGUCAUUACCAUGUGCCCUUCAUACCUGAUAUUCCUGGCCUAAUCGAGGCCUCUAAGGCCCUGCCGGAACGCUUUGGGCACUCAAAGUCGUAUCGCAAACCAGACAAGUACAUCAAUAAGAGGAUACUUAUCGUCGGGGGCAAUAUCUCCGCCACAGACUUCAUCAAUGAUCUGCACGACAUCGUCAAGGGAAAGCUUGAAGUGGCCAUUCGAAGCCGGAACGAAAAGCUCGAGUCCGCCUACAGCCUACCCAAUGUGAACAUCCACACCAGCAGCAUCAGGUCCAUUUCGGCAACCAACGGCCUCCUCCUCACCGUCACUUUCGAGGACAGCACUAGCAUCAGCGGACUUGACUAUAUCCUCUUUGCCACCGGCUACAGACUGGAGUAUCCAUACCUGCAUCCCAAUCCAACCACGCCCGAGAACAGAGUGGCUGGCUUCUACCAGCAUGUUUUCAACAUUGACGACCCUUCUCUCACUCUUGUUGGUCAAGUCAAGGCCGCCCUUUCGUUCCGCAUCUACGAAUACCAGGCUGUGGCCAUCGCUCGAUACUACGCUGGUCGCGGCGCCGGUCUCCCGUCAGUGGACGAGCAGAGAAAGUGGGAAGUCGAGCGUCUGAAGGAAAAAGGACCAACAAGCGCCUUCCAUGAGAUUGCGCCCGAUCUGGAGCCCUACUUUAACUGGUUUGUCGAUGUGGCUGGGAAACCCGCUAUAGGCACCGAUGGUUAUGAGCUUCCAAGGUGGCGUGACGAGUUUGCUGAUAAGGGGCUGGCUGUUCUGGGGCUUAAGGAGAAGUACUGGAAAGACCUUGCCAAUAGGAAAAGUCAAAUCGCAGCUAAGCUCUAG